GUGUUGUUGUUUUUUUGUGAUGUUUAUAACUUGACGCCCUCAAUCGUCCCACCGAAAUACAAAAAUUGCAUCGAACUUCUAUCCUCGCUCUAG